AUGGCCCCUACGAAAUCUGCCGACAAGAUAUUUCCAAUCACAGCCUUCAUUUCAGACCUACCAACCAACCUUAUUUCCCAGUUCCUCCCCUCAUCAUCCGAAAAUGGCCCUGGCGGUGGACGCUUGGUCAUUGUAGGCGAUGUACACGGGAUGAGAAAGUCCCUUGAGUCACUCCUACACAAAAUUGGCUUUGACAAAUUCAAAGGAGAUCAUCUUAUACUAGUUGGCGACCUAGUUAAUAAAGGGCCCGAUAGUCCUGGUGUUGUUGAUCUGGCUAUGAAGCUAGGCGCUAGCGCUGUGAGAGGCAACCACGAAAAUGCAGUUCUUAACGCAGCCGCGGAGAUAAACGCCACAAGGGAUGGUCUAGUACAUUCUAGAGCUUUGACUGGCAGUCCGGCCGUACCUAAGAACCUCGAAGCCGACCUACCCGAGGAUGAUGUUCGAGGUUCCGAGAUUCCUGACAAAUCCGGAUCUGCUACAAUUACCGGCACUCCUACAUCGCAUAGUACGGCAUUGGUACUUUCAACGCGCCAGAUCGACUGGCUUGCCGCUUUGCCUUUGAUCUUGCGCGUUCAGCUACCUCAUGUCCUAAAAUCCUCCUUUGGCGACAAUCUAAUUGUCGCACAUGCGGGCCUUGUUCCUGGUAUCUCACUUGAAGACCAGGAUCCACAUACUAUAAUGCAUAUGAGGAGCCUCGUCCGUAAAUCGGGCGAUGAGGAUGGAUUCACACCGGCUGAAAUCCCCGGAGAAGAAAGCUGGAUUGUGGAAUGGGACCGGUGGCAAGACAGGCAAGCAUCCAAGACUACGGUGGUAUUCGGCCACGAUGCAAAGCGCCGUUUGCAGCUAGGCAGGUAUGCGAUUGGAUUGGAUUCGGCGUGUUUAUACGGCCAUCAAUUAAGCGCGGUUGUUAUUGCGGCUUCCAACGGGGAGAUUAUGCACCAUGUCGUUCAAGUCGAAUGUGCUGAUACGCCUAUAGCUCCAACGGUAUCUGUGAAAGACGGUGACAAGGCAGUAGUUGUAUAA